AUAAGAUGAUGAACAGAAACAUUUCUAUAUCUUUGCAGAAAGACAUCAAAGUACUGAAAGCUGCAUUGCUAGAUGAAGAUGAAAAAAUUACGGACAUAAUGCCAAGGCCGCUUAGCAGCAUAGAAGCACUUCAACAAUACGCAAGAUCGUAAAUAUCGAGUUAGCGGAACUCUCUUGUAAAGAAGUCCGGAAAAGCGUGUCGAUCUUGGGCAUUUUUUUUUUAUUCAAACAUGGCAUCGGAAGACGAUUUAACCCGUACUUUCCACAAUUAAAAGCAUUUUUAAUGAAAGGUUCUGCCUCAAAUAUCGUCUAUCUAGAAAAGGGAGAAAGUGGAUGCAUUUCAUUUUCCCAAGCCGAAACAAACACAGAUAGAGCUAUCAAGCGAGAGAAUUCGGUUUUAUGCAUGCAGUUUAGUGGAAGUAAAGAAGUGGGCAUCACAUUCCCGGCUGCUUGGAGCAGAUCAUUUUCUUGCCAAACCAAUGAUUCCCAUAUAUCUGUGUGCAUCAGUAGCGCCACUGAAGAAGACGGAGGGAUAUUUUUCUACACGUUUGGACUCCUCACGAUUGACAAUAGAACUCUAAUGAUAGAAAGUCCAGAACUUACAAUUCGUCCCCAGACUCCUGCCACAGUUAGAGAAGGAGAAACCAUAGUCUUGACCUGUCAGUCAAAUCAUUCUAGUGGAAUAUAUCAGUUCUUUACGAUUGAUGGUCAGGGAAAUCGCGUUAUAUACGGCACUGGUGGAGGCUCCUUCAAAUCAUGUCAAAAUGGAACACAGGCUGCGUUCCUUGAUUGUAACUUUGAGAAUCCGUGGAAGUUCUUCCUGACAUUGUUAAACCCCAUUCAUAACCAAGUCGUCUACUGCAGCAGAGCAUUCAUCCAAGGAUAUUGGAACACCAGUACUACAAUCUUUGUACAGGUUCCUGUAUCUUCUGUCGUCUUGAAACCAACUCGGAUUACUGUAAACAUUGAUGAAAUAGUAACUCUAACCUGUCAGACGGAUUUCUGCAACCCGCCCGCCAACAUCACGUGGUACAAGGCGUCUUCAGACAUAACUAGUCAGGCCACAUCUACAACAGAGACUAAGAAUGGCUACCUAGUGAGAACAACCUCAGUUUUACCGUAUACUGGGGUAGCCGAGGACAACGAUCAAGAGGUGCACUGCGCAGCCAGCAACAUACCGGAACAGGAUGUGGAAUCAAUGAGAUACAAAUUAAACGUCAGAUACAUUUCAGAAGUCCAAAUCCUUCCGGUCAGUACUCUAAAUGUCGUCGUUGGACAGAGCCAGGUCUGGCUAUAUUGUUGUGUCGACAACACAAGUCCAGUAAACAGCUUAACGUACAGAUGGGUGAAAUGGAAUUCACGCAAUUCUUCUUUGGUAUCAUCUUCUCAGAUUUACGUCAUCAAAACCGCGAAAAUGGAGGAUAGUGGUACAUAUGUAUGUACAGCCACGAACUCUUUUGGAAACUCUAGCGGUUCUGUUGAUAUCAAUGUGCAGUUGGCACCUCUAGCCCCGGAGAUUCUUCACGUUGUAUGUAGAUCUACAUAUGCUGACAUUGUGUGGAUUUCUUCAUCCACAGACUCUCCACAUAUCACACAAGAAACACUUCAGUGCAUCCAAAGAGAUAUUAAUAGAUUUGUGAAUAUAACUUACAAAGAAGUGAACAGAACGAAAUCUAACAUCAAUAUAUAUCACGUGACCGACUUAAAGCCGAACACACCGUACAUAUUCAGAGUGCUGGCUUCAAAUCUACACGGAAUUACAUUAUCUGAUAAUAUCUCCUGUUUCACAAACCCGGAAAAUGAAGCUAAAGUAGAAGGCACAAAUGCUGACUGUAACCAGGGGGAGAUAAUCGGUGGGAUUAUUGGUGGAUUGUUAUUCAUCAUUAUUUUAGUGGUGAUCAGUGUUUCAAUGCUGAUUAGAUACAGGAAAGCAAUGAAUUCUGAAGGCAACCCUCAAAAACCUAGGGACGAUAGCAUUGAAAGACCUCAAAGAUCGGAGUACGUGGAUCAGUUAUCUCCCGUUGAAGAUCAUCAGUAUCAGGGAAUUUCUAACACAGAUAUCCAGAAGACUGGCGUAUACGAAAAACUUGAAGCCCCCUCUCAAACAGACACACGAGCAGAAUAUACGGAGUUAAUUAGCACUGCAAAAACAGAGGACAGGCGCGACGCCUCUGCAGCAGAUGAUUCUCAUCACAAACCUGAGAGAGCGGAAUACAUUGAGCUGACAGACACAUCAUACACAGAGAAGAAACGCGACACAAUUACACAGAAAGGUCAAGAUGAGCCAUACUCCAACAUCUAAAACGCACAAGGACUUUGUAAAGGCCAAAGCUGUAUUACAUUACCGUUAAACCCACAAGAAACAUUCUGUCGUAAUAUUGAAACUACUGUAUAAUCACUUCUUGAAUAACCAAAACGGAUGUUAUACAUUAAAGGAAAAUGUCAUCCUUGAUCGAUGACAAUAACUACAGUAAAAGUGCUGCCAUUGUAAACAGCAAAAGUCAGUGUGGUUUCUUGUGGAACAAAAGAAGGAAUCCUUCAGGGAGGUGUGCCAUCUGGAUUUUUGUUUACAGUGCUCAUCAAUAAACUCUUAAAAGGACUACAACAGAUGAAUAACAAUUUCGCAGUAUUCAACUUUGCAUCAUAAAGCUCAGUCCUAGCAGAUAAUGUUAGUUACCUGUCUUCCAGCCCACAAUCAUUUUGAAACAUGCUGGAUGUACCUAUUACUCGCCUAUGCUUCCGGGUGGAGGUUCUCAUUCAAUUCUGUAAAACCGUGCGUUCUUAUUUUUGGGAAAGUGAUAUCAUUAUUACUAUAUUAUUACUAAAAUAUGGAUUCUAAAAAUAAUUCCAUAGAACUUUUAGUAAAUUUGAAUCACAAAACUUUUCCAAAAUCAACAACAUCAAAACGUAUGAUUCUCGACAGUUUACACGACCAUUCCUCACAAUAAAUUAAAAACUAGGCUUUUGGACAUAAUAGACAGCGGCUUCUUAGAACAAAAAUGAAACCCGGAAAUAUUCGUAUAUUGUGCUGAAGUCAUCCAAAAAUUACUUGGUUAAACAUCACUCGGAUUCUACGCAUUACGCAAUCUGACGUUGAUGUUAGAAAGAUGCUGGAGUUCCUCAUUAACAAUAUCUACAUAGUCUUUGGUUAUCAGGUAUUCAAACAGUCUGUUGGAAUUCCCAUGGGAACGAAUUGUGUUCCUUUAAUAGCUGACCUGUUUUUAUAGUCUUACGAGGCAGAAUUUAUUCAAAAGCUUCUGCAUGAGAACAAAAAAUUCUCUUGUUGUGACAUUUAACUCGACAUUUAGGUAUAUCAAAGUUUUAUAUUAGUAAUACUCUUUUUCACUCAAGUCAAUUCGAUAUAUCCCAGUGAACUCAAAAUAAAAGAUAUCAGUCUUUCGCAUCUGCUUCGUUCCUGGAUAAUUUAUUGAACACAGAUGUUAUCGGCAAACUUACUAAUCAAUUUUUUGACAAACGGAUGAUUUCAGCUUUUCCACUGUCAACUUCCCCAUUUUAUCUAACAAUAUACCAUUAUCAACUACAUAUGGUGUUUGUCUCUCAACUAAUUUGAUAGAUAUGAAUAUGUUCUGCAUAAGAACAGUUUUUAAAUUGAGGUAGUUUACUGAACAGGGCUUUCAACAGUCUCGUUUAAAGUAAGCAUUUUACAAAUUACAGGUUUUCAAGUGACAUUUUGCAAAAAAUAAGGGCCAUUUUUAGGGCAAAAUUUUCAAAAAAUAAGGGCCUUUUAAAGGAUUUUUAAGGGCUUUUUAGACAAAAAUAAGGGUUAAAUCUACAAAUCAAUAGGAAAGAUAAAAUGUUUUACUCACCGUUUGCAAGAGCAAAAAUACAAAAACUAAUUACCCACUCAGAAGAUCAUACCAGUGGUCAUCAACAGCCAUAUUCAGCAUUCAGCACAAACCAUGAUAUAAUUCAGGUGGACUCCCAUGGCUCACAAUCAAUGCUGAAUAUAGCCGAUAACCAUCAAUAUGUCUUCUGAGAUGUACAUUCAAUCAACAUAUUCAUUUUCUGAAAGUAUACUAAGACUAAAUUUAAUAAAUUCCAACACUUACUUUAUGUCAAAUUUAUUUAAACUUUCAAAAUUUGAAAAUGUAGGAAUUUCAACAAAAAAUUAGGGCUUUUAUAGGAUUCCAAAGGAAAAUAAGGGCUGUUGUAGAAAUAUAAGGAAAAUAAGGGCCCGCUUGAAAGUCUGAAAUUAUGUGGUUGUUAUAACUAUCUAGUUUACCAAUACAACCUAUUGGUUGCGUUCACUGUUCUACCAAAGGUAGUUGCCAUUUUGAAGAUGUCGCUAAUAAACCAAAGUCCCGUGCUAACAAUUCUACCACGAAUAUGGUCGGCCUGCAAGAAAAUCUAUAAAUGGUAACUACCUCUGAUGAACUUUGGUACCAUUGGUUUACCAUUGACGGUUAAAGAUACCAAUGAAUAGUAAUCACUGGGAAAACUGUGAACGCUGUCGGAUAUGUUUCAUACAUUUUGUUAAGCCCGUUCUUGGCAUACUGAUUUGACUAUGGAUUACCGUUUACAUGAUCAAGAUAUAUCAUUUGAGAUAACAUUUCUAUUCUACAAAAAGAUAUAAAUCUUAAGAGGAAAAACUUUGUACUUUUUUCUUUUUAAGGUGGGUCCUUAGUCCUGGAUUUUUGGGGUUUAGGUAGCAUUUUUUUGUUUGGAAUCAAUAAAUUAACAUUCAGAGUAAUGAAAAAAGGCAAAACAGUUAAGGGUUUCCAUAUUAAUUUUCAUUACAUACACCACUAAAGUCAUAUACCCCAAUGUAGAUUUUUAUGAAAUUCAUUGGAAACAGUUAUUUGUUGUUAUUUUAAAAUAAAAACAACAAAAUAUUUUUUGAAUUGCAUUUAUUUAUCGGGAAACAUGUCAAUAACUAAAACAAAUGUCAUUUUCAAUAUGUUCAUCAAGUUUUAGAAUAAUAUGUGCAAAGUUAAUGAAUUAGCGUUAUUCCCCAAAAUGUUAAAAAACAAACAAAUGUGGACGCAUUUUCCUUAUAGCAUGGUUUACAUAUCAUUUUUUCUGUUUAUAUUAAUACAGUUACAUCUGUUAUAGUUAUUCAUGGGAAAAAAUCCAUACCUUUCCUUAAUAAUUUCAAAUCUAUAGCUUCCAGAUUAUGUAUACCCCCAUCAAAAACUGAAGUCUGGCACCAUACAGCUGAGUUAUUUAAAAUCACUCGGGAUUAAAAUUUUAUGUAAUUUCAUGAAAAGACACAGAUAAUGAUUCCUUAUCACCUUGGUAAAAUGUUUGUCAAAAAUAAAGGAAAUCUAUCGCAUUAUGGACUUGAUAAAUAAUUGAAUGAAAACAGAGUUAUUGUCCUUGGAUUCAAUAUUUUGAAACAUAUCAUUGACUAUUCAAAUAUAACUAAGAAUUUUGAAAUAUUUUAUGGCUAACAAGAUUUUUUACAAUAACUGUUGAAACAGAUUCCAACAAAAUUUAUAUUCCUAUCAUUAAAUCAUUGACUUUGAAAAAUCCUAUGACGUCACAGGAGUGUGGAUCUACGUUAAAAAGAGUAACUUUGCAAUAGCAUAAAAUGAAUAUGAAAUAUCAAAUUACUUUCAAAUAUUUGUUAGACUUGUCACAAAUCAUUGGAAAUGAAAACAAAACGAUGAUUUAUUAUCAUUAUUCUGAGAUAUACAAUCUUUGACAUCAAAAGUCGUUAUUUCCAAUGGAUAUGCCAUCCUUUGCAUUUAUUCUACAUAGAUAAUGGGGGGGGGGGGGGGGGGGGGGAUUAUAA